AUGGCUGACACUCAGGCAGCGUUUUGGACUCCACUGGGCUUCCGUGGUGGUGUGGACAUUCCGCAAUUGUCAGUGGUGAUAAUGCCGCAUGCUCGACCAUACGAUACUUUGAUUGGACGCUACAUGUCCUUCAGUCCGGCCCAAAUUGGACGAGUUCGCUUCGACGAUAUCGUCCGGUCUGUGGAUCCAUUCGCCUUGGAAGCGAUGGAUACAGCUCCACUGAUUCCAACAGAUUUAACAACAUGGUUCCGGCUAGCUGGUCUAUCACCUUCACUUCUGCCGCCUGCUAAGCUUCAUCCUAGACUGCCAGCAGCAUGUUUGUGCUCGUUCUGUGGCCUCAUUCCCUUCACGUCUACGCGUCUUCUCCCAAGUGCCUAG